AUGUCUGGAGCCAAUAUCUCCAGCCUGACACCAGGAUUCUUUAUCUUGAAUGGUGUUCCUGGGCUGGAAACUGCACACAUCUGGAUCUCCCUGCCAUUCUGCUUCAUGUACAUCAUUGCUUUUGUGGGCAACUGUGGACUCAUCUACCUCAUCGGCCAUGAGGAGGCCCUGCAUUGCCCCAUGUACUACUUUCUGGCCCUGCUCUCCUUCACAGAUGUCACCCUGUGCACCACCACGGUACCCAACAUGCUGUGCAUAUUCUGGUUCAACCUUAAGGAGAUUGACUUCAAUGGCUGCCUGGCUCAGAUGUUUUUUGUUCACAUGUUGACUGGGAUGGAGUCUGGGGUGCUCAUGCUCAUGGCGCUGGACCGCUAUGUGGCCAUCUGCCACCCCUUACGCUAUGCCAGCAUCCUCACCAGUGCUGUCAUUGCCAAGGCUGGUCUUGCCACUCUGCUGAGGGGUGUGAUGCUCAUCUUUCCAUUCACUUUCCUUACCAAGUGCCUGCCUUAUUGUCGAGGCAACUUCAUUCCCCACACGUACUGUGACCACAUGUCUGUGGCCAAGGUGUCCUGUGGCAAAGUCAAGGUCAACGCCAUCUAUGGUCUCUUGGCAGCCCUCCUGAUUGGGGGCUUUGAUAUUUUCUGUAUUUCUAUGUCUUACACUAUGAUCUUGCGAGCAGUGGUGAGUCUGUCUUCUGCAGAUGCUCGUCAGAAAGCCUUCAGCACCUGUACGUCUCACAUAUGUGCUAUUGUCAUUACAUAUGUUCCAGCCUUAUUCACCAUUUUUACUCACCGCUUUGGGGAAAAAAUCAUUUCUCCUCAUGUCCAUAUCAUAAUUGCUAAUCUCUAUUUGAUGUUGCCUCCUACCCUGAACCCAGUUGUAUAUGGAGUCAAGACCAAGCAAAUCCGGGAAGGUGUCAUCAAGUUACUUUUUAAGGAGAAAGAUAUCUUAGCUGUGAAAUAG